AUGCUGCAAAGGGUACCAGGCAAUACUAAAACAUAUUAUAGUUCAGAUUCAUUGCAGUUAUCAACAGAAACAACGGAUUCGUUUGACGAAAGCUAUCCAACAGAGUUCCUCAACACUCUCACAUUCAAUGGAGUUCCAGAACACGAGCUUACAUUAAAGGUAUGCACACCAGUUAUGCUCUUGCGCAACUUAAAUCCUGCCCUUGGUUUAUGCAACGACACAAGAAUCAUGAUCACAACAUUAGGGGAUAAUUUUAUAAAAGGCAACAUCAUGGGCGGUUCCUACGACACUGACGAAGUCAUUAUACCAAGAAUAGUACUCAAUGUAGAGAACUCCAAGUGGCCCUUCAUACUCAGGAGGAGGCAGUUCCCAGUACGCUUAUGUUACGCAAUGACUAUAAACAAAAGCCAAGGACAAAAACUUGAAAAAGUUGGGAUUUAUUUGCCUGAACCCGUAUUUAGCCAUGGCCAGCUAUAUGUGGGGGUUUCAAGAGUAAAAUCAGCGAGAGGUUUGAGGAUUCUUAUACAAAACCCAGCAGAAAUACCCUACGAUUUUACAAGGAACAUAGUCUUCACCGAAGCCUUUGCUGGUAUUAUGAACACCUAA